CUCCACAUCUCUGCGGAAUGUUCGAUGAACAGACUAUAGGCAUUGUUGGAGAUCAGCUUUGCAAUACGCUGAAGAAAAGGAACGAGCAAGCAAAGGAGCUAACAGUUCGAUCAAUUGUUAACAACAAUAAGCUACUACUAUUGAAUCACCCAGAGGCACAUAAUGAAGUUCCUCACUUGUUCAUGAUGGUUUCG